AUGCCCCUAACACAUCCUAACACCCAUGGCAUUAGCACAGCGCUGAAGCAUCCAGCGCAGGUGCUUACUGACGGCCGCGGUGGUGUUGAACUUGCCUGGCUGCUUGAGUGUCCCAAACUUCGUGCUUGGGGUGCCACGCCUGCAGAGCUCAAAGAAGCAGUGCGCAUCUCAUCGAAGCUGGAGCUCCUCGAAGCUGCUGCGGAUACAGACAAGCUCGCCCGGGUGCGUCGAAAGAUCGCGGACCCGGAAGCCUUGCCAGAAGUGGUGGAAGAUCCUGGUCGUGCAGGUGGCACAGUGCUGAUCGUCACCUGCGGCACGAAGAGGCCACUGAAAACUCCGAGCGCAGGAGUUCGCUUUGACAGUGACACAGGCAGCUCUGAAGGCACUCGGUCCGAUGCGGAAAGCGAGGAAGAAGCCUCUGCAGGCGGUGAUGGCGAUGAGACAGGUCCUCGUGGUGCCGUUCGCCGCGCAGUGCGUGACCUCGGUGCUCCACGUGGUGCUGUUUUGGGUGCUUCAGACCCCAACAGCUUCGGGGAGGUUGUGGUCGCCAUGGCCCCCUUCUCCGGCGAUAAUGUCCUUCAGGUGCCACAAGAGCUUGCCCCGGGUCAUGCUCGCCCCGUGUUCGGUGCGCAGCGUGCGAAG